ACUCACUAUCUUCGUCUUCCCUCUCCCUCUCCCUCUCCCUCCUUCUCUCCGCCUCUGGUUUUGCUUCUCUUCUUCGAAAGAACGGAGCCGACGCUGGUUUUCUUCUCUUCUUCGAAAGAACGGAGCCGACGCCAUUGAUGCUUUGUUCUUGAAAAACUAUGCGAUUUGCGGCAUUCGUGCCGAUUCCCACACCUUUUCUCGAGACAACGAUCGUUGCUCGGUUUCACGAUUCCAUUCGGCGUUGAACAUGAUGAGAUACCAGAGAGUAAGCCCGGAUUAUCUUCCAUUAAGUAAUGGAAGAAAACCUAAUCUCCGAACAUGUAAGGAAGACGACGGUGACAGCAGGAGAAUCCUAAACUACAGCAAUGGCUUCGAAGGGAAGGCCCUGAGAUUCCGGCCUGGAACCGCCCCAUCUACCAGCCAAGACCAGAACUUCUCACAAUUCGCUAUUCCCCAUUCUCCGCAACCCGAAAAUCACACAGACGUGAAGAGCCCGAAUAACCAUGAGAGCGGCCCGGUCGGGGACGUUCUGUUGCAGUGGGGUCAGAACAAGAGAUCGCGAGGGUCACGGGCUGAUAACCGGUUGGUGACGGAUGAGUCGUCGGUUCAGGCAAGGCAAGGAGCCAAGAUCCAUAGGAGAGUGGUAUCAAGGGUGGAGAAGCUGGCCACCGCCAUGCAUCCGCCCUGUACUACUCCUUACAGCCGGGGCGCGAAUCUGAGACCUUGUAUGCCCGUCCGUGAGCCUACAGGAUCUCUGCCGAGCAGGGGCUUAGAAGAGCAAUCGGGUCCUGGAAAUGGGCCCCCACCCAGCAACGCCCGUAUUAAUUCUCGUUCCACGGAUAAGUGGUCUCGAUCUCCUCCAUCACCCGGCAAGCCCGAUAAAACAGCUGCUUCGUCUAUGACCGCUCUCAAGGAGAAGCCGAAUGGAUCUGUGACGCAAGCCAACCCCAUGAAAAUCGAAUCCACGCCUCAGUCGGAACCGGAACCAGGUGCCACCGGGGAGAAGCUGAAUUUUGAUAUUUUCGAGUGGCCCAGGAUAUACAUCUCCCUGUCAAGGAAAGAAAAAGAAGACGAUUUCCUCAUUAUGAAGGGCACAAAGCUCCCCCAGAGGCCUAAGAAAAGGGCAAAAAACGUGGAUAGGGCCCUCCAGUACUGCUUUCCUGGGAUGUGGCUAUCUGAUCUGUCGAGGGGUCGGUACGAAGUCAGGGAGAAGAAAUGCGUGAAGAAGAAGCGAAGAGGGUUAAAAGGCAUGGAAAGUAUGGACAGUGACUCGGAGUAGUUGGCGAGAAUCUAACCGUCCGUUGAGAAGAUCCGUAUGGAUCAACAGGGGUCUGGAGAAUCCAACCAUGAAGCGCUAGCGACGUACGCACGGGCGUCGCUCGUGUUGCAUCCGUCAUUGUCUAUUCCAUCCCUUGGUUUUGUCCUUUUACCACAUUGUAGGGGGGGCGGAGGAUUCCUACGCCACCCUUUAUUGUUGAGCUCGUGUACAAAUUUGCAGGUGGUUCAGUGAUUUUUUUUUUUUCCUUUUUUUCCAA